AUGUCGAAUACCAUUUAUCAGCUUUGCGCCAGCAUAUAUCCCAACGGAACCCAAUCACAACUUCUGGAAUGCGUUGCAAAUCAGUUCGAAGAAGAACAGAAUGCUAGAUGGCUGGAUCUAAAGAAUUUCCUGUUUGUCCUUAGUGGGGCCUUGAUCUUCUUCAUGCAAAGCGGUUUCGCCAUGGUUUGCGCUGGAGCGGUGCGGGCAAAAAAUGUUCAGAAUUCUAUGCUCAAAAAUCUUUUGGAUGCGUGCGGUGCUGCCGUUGCCUUCUUCCUUGUUGGAAAUGCCUUUGCCUUUGGGGGUCAGAACGAAAGUACUGUAACUUCCUUCAUCGGAACUUCCGAAUUUGCCAGCGUUGGCCCAUCACCUGCAUUCUGGUUCUUUGAAUACACUUUUUCUGCUACAUCUGUCACCAUUGUAGCAGGAACAUUAGCAGAGCGUUGUCAAAUGACAGCGUACUUGUGCUACUCAAUGGUUUUGGCUGGAUUCAUUUAUCCUGUGAUUGCACAUUCUGUUUGGUCCAACAAUGGAUUCUUGUCCAACUUCAAUGCUCACCCGCUGUUCGACUGCGGAGCAAUCGAUUUUGCUGGAAGUGGAGUCGUCCACCUUACUGGGGGAGUCACAGCACUCCUAGCAACAAUUGUGCUUGGUCCCCGUAGAGGUCGGUUCUAUGACUCACGUGGGGAGCCUUUGGCCACACCAAAGGUUAUGCCAGGUAAUUCAAUCGCAUUGCAACUUCUCGGAACUAUGGUUCUAUGGUUUGGUUGGUUUGGUUUCAAUCCUGGUUCUGCUUUGCUUUUGGAUAGUGAUCACAUUGGAGAAAUUGCUGCGAAUGCAGCUGUGGCCACAGCGCUUGCGGGAGCUUCAGGUGGCAUUUCAGCACUGUUCUCGAACCUAUUUAUUGAAGAACGACGAACGGGAGAGCCACAUUUCUCUCUAGUCAUGGCAAUGAAUGGAUCCCUUUCUGGCUUGGUGGCAGUUACAGCCGGCUGUGCUAUUUUCGAACCAUGGGGUGCCAUUCUAACUGGAGUCGUUGCUGGCUGGGUUUACAUUUUUGGUACGAGUUGGUUAAUUCGCCACCGAAUCGAUGAUGCUGUGGAUGCUAUUCCCGUGCACAUGCUCAACGGGAUUUGGGGACUCCUUGCGGUUGGACUUUGUGCGUCUCCACGGAAGUUGGAUUUGACGUUCAACGUAUCCAAGCAUGUCGGUUUGUUCUACAGCUGGGGACGAGGGUCUAGUGAUGCCACUCUAUUGGCGUGCCAAACUUUGACAGUAUUGUACAUUCUUGGGUGGGUUCUAGUUACGAUGCUGCCAUUCUUUGUUUGGCUAAAUUACAAAGGAUGGCUCCGCUCUGAUUCUUUGGAAGAGCUCGUCGGUCUCGAUAUAUCUUACCACGGUGGCGAAGGUGGAGGUCCAGAUGGAGGUGUCAAGAAGGAGUAUGUCGAUGCAUACAGACGGCACAAGGGAAUUUCACGGCGCACUGUCCAAACGGAGUCCGAUGGAACCGAACUUUGGACGUCGCAGCAAGAAAACAUGGACGACCCUGAGACCCCUGAGAACCCUGGGAGCACGGAGGUCGCGGAUUCUGCCUAG